UUCCAACACUCGCAGAUAUACAAAGAGUCGCCCUUUAACCUAUAAGUUCACAUUACAAAUUUUACAGCAAGGAAAUUGAGGGAGUGAGGAGAAGAACGAGAAAACAAAUUGAACAUGGCAGCCUCACUAGCCCCCGAGUGCAACGAGAUCAAAGAGAAAUACGAUACCUGUUUCUUGAAAUGGUACAGCGAGAAAUACCUCCGAGGAAACACCACCUCGAACGAAUGUGAGGAGCUCUUCUCUAAGUAUAAGGCUUGCUUGAGUAAAACCCUCAAAGACAAAGGCAUCGACACGAUGCUAGAAGACGUGCGCAAGGGGAACAAGGAGCUGGAUGCGGAGUUUUUGAAGCGUUGAUUACUUACUUCCUUAUUUCUAUCUUACUAUUGAUUUACCUAUUUAUGGUUUUGCACUUUUGAGGUUGUUUUUGUUUUGUUUUUGGUGGUUGAUUGGUUUGCUAUUUACGCGUUGACUCCGCUAGAUGGGUUGCAUUGUACUAUAUAUACAGCGUGAUUGAUCUGUAUUUGUAUUUUCUUGGGUUUGGUUUUUGGGUUGGGUGCUACUGUGUAUGAAUAGCUCUCUUCUCUGGCGAUAACGUCUCUUAUUCUUAUCAUUUAC